UCACAACAUUUUUAUACGUCCCUCCUAGCAGAACCCUGCAACAUAGAUAUGAACACACAAUUUGUCAGUUUUGGAUUUUACUUCAUCGUAUUAUUGUUGGCAAUGUUAGCGGAAAAGGGAACGUGCCCUAACAGUAAACGUGGGCCCCCCCUUCCUCGAGGAGGUGGUGUUCGAAGUGGAAAUCGGCGUGGACGCCCCCCAACUCGCGGAAUAUACCCUUUUGCUCAAAAUCAGCCUGGUCUUCCCCAAGGUCUCGGACGUGGCGCUCUUGGUCCGGUUCCGCCUGGCAGUCCCCCUGGAGCCGCAGGUCCCGUGAUCACUCCGCCUUCGAGUCCUGUACGUCUGGACACUGUCGUCCUUGGUGCAGCAUCGCCUGGCAGCCCCCGUGGAGCCGCAGGUCCCGCGAUCACUCCGUCUCCACCGCAAUUAAGCCCCGCUGCCGCUGGUCCAAGUGGGCCUUCGAGUCCUCUACGUCUGGACACUGUCGUCCUUGGUGCAGCAUCGUCUCCACCGCAAUUAAGCCCCGCUACCGCUGGUCAAAGUGGGCCUUGGAGCCCUCAACGUCUGGACACUGUCGUCUUUGGUGCAGCAUCGUCUCCACCGCAAUUAAGCCCCGCUACCGCUGGUCAAAGUGGGCCUUCGAGUCCUCUACGUCUGGACACUGUCGUCCUUGGUGCAGCAAUGCGUGGAUCCCCCUCAAGUCCCCAAGAUGUCCGUCCUGGUGGAAGUCCGUCUCCACCGCAAUUAAGCCCCGCUGUCGCUGGUCCAAGUGGGUCACCACCGCAAUCAGGCGCACCAUAUGCCAUGCCUGGACCAAGUGGGUCACCACCGCAAUCAGGCGCACCAUAUGCCAUGCCUGGACCAAGUGGGGCUUCAUCUCAUCCAACUCUAGAACGUUUGAGACCUGGUCCAGGUCAGCCUGGAUCACCUGGGAUUCCCGGAGAAAUCGUUCCUGGUGCCACUCAGCUCUGGCUGGCGUCUGCAUUUGACCGUCACUUUAUUCCUAUAGGGAGCGUCAGACUGCAAGGCGAGCAGUGCACCGAGAAUACAGUCUGCGAAGAAGGGACAUGUUGCCUGCAGAACACCAACUCGUAUAGACAGUGUAAACCACUGGCCAAGCGUGGUGAGCCUUGUUCACCAAGGGGUCUAACGAAUGUAUAUUUAGGUCAUUGCCCCUGUGAUGUAUAUCAAGGUACGUGCGAGAAUGGUAUUUGCACAUAAUGGAUGUUCAGGAGGAAUGAUCGUUCGCAUUAUAUCGAGCGGAGACAAUAAAAAGGCAUUAAUUUUCAGUGAAAAA